UUUAGGCAGCUGGAGGCUAGUACUUCUCUACUAAACUGGUCAAACCGGUCUGAUGGAAAGUCUAGGAGGGAGCAUUGAGUGAAUUACUGCAGCUUUUAAACACGCACUCAAAAAAGUUGUUAGUAAUGGAGUGUGCAGGUUUGGGCCGCUGUAAAAUUGCACUGUCAUUUGCCAUAAUUUGUGACCUUUUGGGUCUGGUGAUUCUUAUGAUAGGCAUCUUUGCCAAACUUAAGCUGAAUGGACAAGAUUUUGGGGACCUUUUGAUCUACUCGGGAUCUAUUUUGGUUUUCAUUAGCCUCGUUGGCUGGGUUUUCUGGUACACAGGCAACAUUGAAAUCUCCCUUGAAGAGCUGCAGCAGGAUUACAAAGCAAAGACUGGCACACUGGCUCGUCUUGCCCGCAAGAUAUCCACUCGUUUUUCCACUGCACCUCGUAAGAAUGUGAAUGUGAAAGAGCGAAAGAAGCUUGAAAACAUAUAUUCUACACAUACUGAUUUGCCCGCUGGUACCUCUACCCCUUUGCAGGAGGUUACACUCUCAUAAAGGUGAAGGAUUUUAGGACUGCUGUCAGUAUUUCAAAUUUACUGAAGAAUCAGUUGGAGAGGGAGGGAGAAAUUGCUGAAACAGAGAAAGAACAUGUGCAUUCCCUCCCUGCUGAAUUUUAAUUUUCUACACUGAUUUGGCAUUUUACAUAAAAUAAAAAAUGUCUUUUUAAGACCUAGUGGAACAUUGCAAUUUUUCAAUGGAAAGACAAAUAGUGAGAACUGCCCAAACAGUAUUUUAAUCUACACAAUAACUAAAAUAAGGCAUUAAUGAUCUUUUGGUUUAGCACUGUACUUUGCUAUCAUCUUAUGAAGACCAUUGUUUUCUAGACCAUUGUUUUCUAUAGCCUUCACAACCUAGCUGGCCUAGCAGUAAUCCGAAGAAGUGAAAUUGAAAAUGUUCUUUAUUGUAAAUGUAUAUGCUUUUUUGUGAACUAAUUUUAACUUUCUGUAUGCAAAAAUGGGCCUAUAACUUUUCAGGUUAACAAAGCAUAUAUGUUACCUUCUCAUUUGCUAGUUCAGUAGUAUUUACAUACAUGCAAAUUAUAAAUCUUUGCAUAAAGUAGAAAAAUAUUUUUCAGUUUUUCAGUAGAUGCUAAAAUACCCUUGAGUGAGCAUAUGUCAUGUUUGACUCUGAAAAAUAUUUUGCUCAGUAUGAACGAGAUUUAAAGGAAGAGGAAUGUUUUAUUUGAUAAUCUGUGCAUAAGAGUUGUAUUUCAAAUAGUUUUUAACUUUAUCCAUUUGUUAGCUGGGUAAGACUAUUGGCCACUUCUGCACGUUUUUUUUGUGGGGGCAACCCAGGAGCACUUCCUGGUUAAAUGAUUUGUUCAGAGUUGCACAGUAGGCAAAGGAAGAUGGAAGGAAUGAAAUGAUGCACCCUGUGCACAGGACAGAAUUCGUCAUGUACAAGGCCGUACAUACAAGAUUGGAUAGUUCAAUUAAGUUACAUGUAGAGAAAAAUUAUGCCUGGCAAACAUCUCCCAAAUAAUUUGUGUAAUGUUGAAUAUGUAAAUGAUAAGCAUAGAUGAAUGUUAAGUGAUGAGCAUAAUGUCUGCCAGUAUUUCACACACAGCGUCAAAAUGUGGGCAUCUAAUGAAGUUUAACCAAUAGUUAAAGAUUGGUUUCUUCAACCUUCGUAUGAGUAAUGAGUGACAUUAGGGUGAUGCAUAAUUAAUGUAAGUGGGUUGCCUCUGAAAGGAUUCACUCUUCUCACAUAAUCUUCACUGUAGAGUGAAGUCAUGAAUUACAAUAUGUAUAUUACAAUCAAUUAUUUGUCCAUCUCCAAUUUAUAUCCAUCAUUGCACAUCUGUUCUGGAGAACAGAAAAAUUAUUACAAUAUAAUAAACAUAAGUUAACUUGUUUGUACCACUUGUCUCUAAUGACUGUGGUCUGGGUCAUAAGGGUCCCAAGACCACCAAAACUGCCAAUUAACACCUCUGAAACACAGAUUAAAUAAAUCUUUCUUUAGAGGCUACAUUGUUUUGCCACCAAGCACACAAAAAAAAUUACCUGGGGCUUUUAUGUAGUGAGCAGCACAGAUUUAAGCUUGAGCAUAUCACCACCACAGUCCUAAUUUCCCUCACUAACACAAUUCAUAGGAAUAUAUAAUUGGGCUUAUUUAUCAAAGGAAGUCAUCCUUUAUUGCCUUCCAUUCUGUUUAUGGAAGAGCUCUCAAAAUGUGGUAUUUACCCCAUGUGUACCUCCUGUUUUUGCUGACUACUACUUGUUUUUUCUUGAUUGAAUUUAUAAUAACACAACUCUCUAGUCUUUGCUCCCUGAAGGCUCAUCUUGAACUUGCUUCUUCUUGCACACAAUCCAUUACUGUUAACAUUCAAGCUUAGUGUCUUUUUAUAUGUGGGUACUCUGUACCAUCAUUACAUCUCAGGUUUCCAACCAUUGAUGAUAUAAUUUCUAUUAAGUGGUGUUAAACAAAUUUAAAUCAUAUUUACAUAAACAAUAUCUGUUUUUGACAUCUGACUCUGUGAAGCUUCAGCUGUUUCUCCCCUGGGGGGGGUUAUUUACCCUCCAAUAACUGCUAAUACCUGCUGCACAUGUUGGUUCUGGCUGCACAACCUUUACAGUGUGUAUGUUCAUGCUUCUAUCUUGUCAUACUCUCCACUCUAGCACUUUGAAAAAGCCAUUUAUAUUCUUAGUGAAGAACUCCAUGAACUAUCAUUUAGUAAUCUAUGCAUGAUGGUACAGGAAAUAAGUUAUCAUACCACUUCUGGCUAAACCUUGACAUUCAACUAGUUCAUAUAAUCAUGGCAUUCUUGCUAUACCUGUAUAUCUGCACUAUUUAUCUGUUUCUGACUUCAUGUCAGAAGCUCAAAAGAGAGAGGAAGGUAUUCUCCAACACGUGUUAUUGUAUAGAAAGUGUGCCAUUCUCCAGCUUGAUCUUGUCUUAAAUAGCUUAGUUUGAAAAUAAAUGCAGAAAAUUACCUCCAGGUUCAUGUAUAGCAUUUAAAAAUGUAGCUUGAUUUGUAUUUAUCUUGCUUUUUCAGUGAUUUAGUGUAUCGUAUUAUUUAUACUGUUGGUAUUGUAAUAAAUAUGAAAUCUAUGCCA